AUGAGGACCGUGGAGUCUAAUAUCUCUGGGUCUGUGAGUGAGUUCAUUCUUCUGGGCUUUCCCUGUCGCAGAGACAUCCAGAUCCUCCUCUUUGUACUCUUCUCCGUCAUCUACCUCCUGAUCAUCAUGGGGAACACAUCUGUCAUCUGUGCUGUGUGGUCAAGCUGGAAACUCCACACACCCAUGUACAUCUUCCUGGCCAACUUCUCCUUCCUGGAAAUCUGCUAUGUCAGUUCCGAUGUGCCCCAAAUGUUAGCUAACAUCAUCUCCCAGAGCGAGAGCAUCUCCUAUGUUGGCUGCCUGCUCCAGUUCUACUUCUUCUUUUCUAUGUGUGCUGCUGAAUGCUUAUUUCUGUCAGUGAUGGCUUUUGAUCGAUUUCUUGCCAUAUGUAGACCUUUGCAUUAUCCCACCAUAAUGACCCAUCGCCUGUGUGCUUGGUUAGUGGUCUUCUGCUGGGCUGGUGGCUUUCUCUGGUUACUGACCCCUUUGAUUCUAAUAUCUCAGGUGCCUUUCUGUGGUCCAAAUACCAUUGAUCAUUUUCUAUGUGAUCUAGGACCUUUGCUGGCAUUGUCCUGUGUUCCAGUAUCUGGAACUACCCUUAUCUGUGGUAUCAUGAGCUCUCUCAUCAUCUUUCUCACCUUCCUAUACAUUCUUGGUACUUACUACUCCAUCCUAAGUGUGGUGCUACAGAUGCCCUCAGGCUCAGGAAGGCAUAAGGCUUUCUCUACUUGUGCCUCCCACCUUGCUGUGGUGUCUCUGUUCUACGGCUCAAUCAUGAUGAUGUAUGUUAGCCCAGGUUCUGGGGACCAUCCUGGGAUGCAGAAGUUUGUGACCUUGUUCUAUGCUUUAGCGACACCAUUCUUUAAUCCCCUGAUCUACAACUUCCGGAACAAAGAUGUGGAGGAAGCACUAAAGAAAAUUUUGAAUAUGUUAUUGUGGAAAUCUUUAAAGGCUUCAAAAGUCACAUUUAAUAUAAGGCAUCAUUAA